UUCUCUAAUUCUAAUUAGAAUUAUUUACACGGUUCAAAGAAAUAAUUAGCCAUGCCAACAAAUGGCCAUAAAUACAGCAUACUGCUGCCCACCUACAAUGAAAAGGAUAAUUUGCCCAUUAUAAUAUGGCUAAUUGUGAAAUACAUGAAGGCCAGUGGCUUGGAAUACGAGGUGAUUGUUAUUGAUGAUGGCAGUCCGGACGGAACCCUGGAUGUGGCUAAGGAUCUUCAAAAUAUUUAUGGUGAGGAUAAGAUUGUCCUAAGGCCUCGGGGCUCUAAGCUGGGCCUAGGGACGGCAUAUAUACAUGGCAUAAAACAUGCCACCGGUGAUUUUAUAGUUAUCAUAGAUGCGGAUUUGAGUCAUCAUCCCAAAUUCAUUCCGGAGUUUAUCAAGCUGCAAAAGGAGGGAGACUACGAUAUUGUAUCAGGCACUCGGUAUGCCGGUGAUGGCGGCGUCUUUGGCUGGGACUUUAAGCGCAAGCUCAUCUCGCGCGGUGCAAACUUCUUGUCGCAGGUUCUUCUCCGUCCUGAUGCUAGUGAUUUGACCGGAUCCUUCCGACUCUAUAAAAAGGAUGUCUUAGAGAAAUGCAUCGCAAGCUGCGUCUCUAAGGGUUAUGUUUUCCAAAUGGAGAUGCUGGUCCGGGCAAGACAGCACGGCUAUACUAUCGCCGAGGUACCCAUCACCUUCGUGGACCGCAUUUAUGGCACAUCCAAGCUCGGUGGUACUGAGAUAAUCCAGUUUGCCAAGAACCUGCUGUAUUUGUUUGCAACCACAUAAAGAACACCCACCAUCAACUGAGUA